UCCUCUAUAAACCGUAAUUCCAAACCCUGUUUUCUCUUUCAAUUUUCUCGACGUUUCUCAGCAACCAAACACACCAAUUCUCCCAAAAUGGCAGCAAUCAGUCUCCGGAAAGGCAACACGCGUCUCCCACCGGAAGUAAACCGAGUCCUCUACGUCCGUAACUUACCGUUCAACAUCUCAAGCGAAGAGAUGUACGAUAUUUUCGGAAAAUACGGAGCCAUUCGUCAAAUUCGAAUCGGAACCAACAAAGACACGCGCGGGACGGCGUUUGUUGUGUACGAAGAUAUUUACGACGCCAAAACGGCGGUGGAUCACUUGUCUGGAUUCAACGUGGCGAAUAGGUAUCUGAUUGUUUUGUAUUAUCAGCAAGCUAAAAUGAGUAAGAAAUUUGAUCAGAAGAAAAAAGAAGAUGAGAUUGCUAGAAUGCAAGAGAAAUAUGGCGUCUCUACUAAAGAUAAGUAGAGUGAGAAACCCUAAUUUUUAUUAAUUUGGGAUUUUAGGGUUUCUUCUUAAAAUUUAGUGUAUAUUAAUGGAGUUGUUAUGCUAUUGCUCAAAUUUUAAGUACUUGUGUGGAACUUGUAGUGGUUCUUUAAUGAUAAGAAUUUGAAAGCCCUAAUUUUACAAAAAUGAGGUAUUUGUGGAAUUUUAGGGGUUCUUUUAUUUGCUUGUUUCUGUUUGGCGAAUUGGCGAAUUCUGUUUCUUUUAAUGUUAUGCUACUGAUAGUUGCUGCGAAA